AUGGACGAACACGAGCCUCUGCACGGCUCUUGUAUGUGUGGACGGAAUGAAUAUCUGAUUCGAAUCCCCAACGACGUGACCAAUCACGCUCAAGUCUACUUUGAUACAGAUCGAGAUCACCGACGGUCCUAUGGUGCACCUCUCACCGCAUGGCUAAGAGUCCCGCUUGGCUGGUAUCAGUCGCAUACCCAGUCCUAUUUCCCCGAUGAAACGCAUGGGACCAUACGCCGCAUUUUCUCCCCACAACAUGCACCGCACACGCAGAGAGUCUUUUGCGGAGUCUGUGGCUCGCCGCUCACAUACUGGAGCGAAGAGCCGCGUGACGAGGCAGAAUAUAUGUCCGUGACUAUCGGCAGUCUGUACGGUGACGAUCAGCGAUUGUUGGAAGAUCUAGAUCUUCUUCCGCAGUGGGAAAGUUCUGAAGGCUCCACACCAGAGACUUCAGAUACUAUAACAGCCGCACAAGCUUCGAACUCCAGCAUGUCCGCUCUUUCGAUUCCGUCCGGUAAACCUGGUUCGGAUAUCGCACGGACCUAUCGGCACGGGACUACCGGUGGUAUUCCAUGGUUUGAGGAAAUGAUCGAAGGGAGUGGACUGGGCAGAUUGAUGAAAACAAGAGAUGGCGAAGUCAGUGGUGAUCAGUCGACGACUAUAGAAUGGGAGGUUGGCGAAUGGACAGACACAGGCACCGGAACAAAAGGCUCGUCUGCUCGAGCUGUAGGGAAAAGGAAGCGAGGGGAUCACACCUAG